CUGAACCGUACAGAUUGUACCCAUGUGAUGGAUUACUUCAUUUCAAUCAGCACAUCCGUAGUUCUAACAACAACAACAACAACAACAACAACAACAACAACAACAACAACAACAACAACAGUAGCAAAUAACAACAGAGAUCAGCUUGUUGGCUGCCGUGGGAGAUAUACUAGAGACAGGCCGAGUGGAGUGAUUGUUGCGGUGUCUAAAGCAAAUCACAACACACCAAGACACGAAAUACUUCUACAACACAACGCAACGCAACGCAACAAUCGAAUCUGUUACACUUGAGAAGCGGCGCAUACUGAGUAUCCGACCCAUUUCAAAAAUGGACGUCACCGGUAGCAACAACUCCAAGUCGGUCAGUAGCCUGGUGCCCGCUGGCCGGGUGGUCCGCAUCCACUUUACCUGCCGAGCGGAGCUUCCAAUGGGGUCUUCGUUGAGGGUAACGGGCUCGAGUCUCUGGGCCCCAACCUCUCUAACGUCUCCUUCCGACCCCAUGAACGCACAUGCUAUAGCCCAAGAAACGGCGGCGACUGCGGGCUUUCCCGCCUUUGGAAAUGAUACGGAAGAUUCUCUGGAGUAUUGGUUCAACAACACCCCUACCAAUUUGUAUGCGAGCAGCGUUGAGAUGGUAACAACUCCUGAUACCUACCCCGUAUGGAAGACUAAGCAGCCCGUUGUMAUUGUUUUGAACGAGACUACUACCGAAAAAAAGAGCCAUUAUUACCGCUAUUUGGUGGUGACGCCGGGAGCCUCGCACGCMACCGAAAUGGACAUCUUGGGAGACGGGGAGGUGCAGACRAUGGACAUCUCGACCAGCGAUGGACACGACGGUACCGUCAACGUGAUGAUGUGGGAAGAGCCCGAUUUUCCAGAUCUAGAGCGACUUAAUAUCGCUACUGGCAGCAUUAAGAUGACAUCCACCGGAAGCAUCACCGGCCUACACGCUUCGGCGAGCCAGCAAUCUAUUAACACGGGUGUGACUUCCGUGAUUGGAAACGAUCCCUCGUCGCCGCAGAACCAAUUCUUGCGACUUGCACAAAUGCCCUACCGAACCCUUGAUAUCAAUGUCGAGACAGCAGAGGUGAUGAAUCCUCAACCAGAUGAUCGGAUCGAUACCUGGAAUCGCCCCGACGAUACUACCUUCAAAGCAUAUGUCAUUCGGGAAGUCAUGCAGCGUUCGGAAGCUGCAGCCUCCGCCACCAAACGAGUCGAAGAGCGCCGAAAGGAUUAUUUUCGAUCACAGUCGUCUAUGUCGGACGGGAACAUAUCGAUCAUUGAUGAUGCACCUGUCGUAGUGGACAACACGGGGGACGUGGACAUGACCAACAUUGUUGUCUCGGCCGCCAGCAGCAGCGCAUCGCUCAACACCUCCAACGUCUUAGCGAAUCUCCCCCCMAAGAUCCUUUUCAUUUGCUUUCAUUUGCCGGUGGUCGUUGUUAAGGUCGACGGUGAGUGGCAAGCAAGCUGGAGCGAGUCACUUUUGGCCUCCAAGGAGGGGAGCAAAAUCGUUGCUCAUUACCGGGCACACUGGAUUGGAACCGUCACGCCUCAGCCGCCSAUUGAGAAUGAGGACGACAAGCAGGCCAUCCGGCAGGUACUUGCCAAAAUGGAAUGCACACCCAUCUUUCUCGAUCCCACCACGCGACAGGAACACUAUUACGGCUUUUGCAAACAGGUUCUUUGGCCGGCCUUUCACAACAUAGACCUGCUGGAUUUGAGCAUAAGUGGGACCGAUGGCAACAAUAGCAAUGGAAAAGACAAUGCUACUAACGCGAAUGAGAACACCGUUUCUGCGUCUGAUUGGGAUCAAAGUCGAUUGGACGAUUGGUGGAGGGCAUUUCAGAAGGUUAACAAGGAAUUUGCCACUGUUGUAGAAGAAAUCGUCGGACAAGACCCAGGUCAYAUGAUCGACAGGAAUUACCUUUGGAUUCAUGAUUACCACCUCGCCUUGUUGCCAAAAUACUUGUGCGAAAACAAUAGAGUAACCAAAUACUGCCGGAAAGUCUUCUUUUUACACAUUCCGUUUCCCACCUCUCAAAUCUUUCGCGAGCUGGAAUGCGGAGAAGAAAUCUUGCAAGGUAUGUUGCAUGCCGAUGUUGUUGGAUUUCACGCUUUUGACCAUGCUAGGCAUUUUUUGAAUGCCAACAAGCGAAUCAUGGGCUURAACUACGAAAAUCUAGUUGGAGGUUUGAUCGGAGUCAACUACAUGGGACGAACCAUCCUAGUCAGUAUGUCGAAUGUAAGCAUUGAGCCACACAUGAUCGAUGCGGCGCURAAAUUGCCUGUMGUGGAAACGGAAUGCAAUCUCCUGCGACAGACCCAUGGAGAUCGUAGCAUUGUUUGUGGUGUUGAGGUCGGGCAACGUCUAAGCGGGACAAGUCUUAAACUUUUGGCCUACGAGCGCCUCUUGCAAGAUUAUCCAACCUGGCAACCAAAGGUCGUUAUGGUUUUGAGAAUUCUUUUGCCGGGAUCCAGGAAACGAGAYGAACAAAUMACUAUUCGCGAACUCCGACAGAUUGUCCAACGGAUUCAAGAGAAAUUCGGGACGGCGGUCAUUGACUACAAGGAGAUUUCUGGUUCUACGCUCCCCAUGGCUCAACGGCUGGCAUUGUGGAAGGCUUCGGAUGUGUUGGUAUUGACACCUAUUCGAGARGGUUUGAAUCACUGGCCACUGGAAUAUAUUUACAGCAAGCGCGACACAUCACCCGGUGUUGUCAUUGCUUCGGAAUUCAGUGCGGUUUGCAGUAUUUUGAACGGAGCACUUCGCGUCAACCCCUUUGACAUUCAAAUGACUGUUACCAUAAUGGAUAAGGCGUUGAGUAUGGAUUCAGAAGAAAAGGAAGGUCGUCGGUAUCGAGAUUUAGACUUUGUUUCAAACAGUCCAAGCGAUCGAUGGGUCAAAAAUGUGUUGCGAGACAUGAAUGAUGCUUACAUGGCUUCCACCUCGACCAACAAGAAGAGCACCGAUGGUUCCCCACGUCCGGGAAUGAGCACGCCACCUCGGUCAAGUGGAUCAAGAACUCCAAGGCAUAGACGAACCGCGUCCAAAAUUCGUCGAGAGGAAGUUCAAGGAACGGCUGCCUUUUUGUUGAAAGAAUCUCACAAGUCUUUUACCCACAUGAAGCCGAAAGUAUUGAAACAGGCAUACGAUGUUUCGAAGAGGCGAGUAAUUAUUCUGGAUUUUAAUGGYACCAUUGUUCUGAAGGAACCGCCUGGCAAAUACUUAAAGCGGGAAAUUCUUGGCACAUCAGGAAAUAAGCCUCCUCCGCAGGUGUUAGAGGCAUUGGCACUUUUAUGCAGAGACCCUCGGAAUACAGUUUAUGUCAAUUCGGGUGAUUCGUCCGAGAACGUUCUAAACGCAUUGGGACAUAUCCAUAACCUAGGGUUGGCUGUAUCUAACGGUGCAAAAUUUAGCCCACCAAUGCAAGAUAAAGAUGAAGAAAGGCGUUGGCAAACAUUCGAUUUGGGAGUUGAUUGGGAUGCAGUGAAACGUGUGGCUCUCCCGGUGUUGAGCAAAUACACGGCUCGYUCUAACGGAUCCUUUGUCAAAUUAACAACAUUUUCCAUCGGAUGGUCUUACUAUAGUUGUGACCCAGAGUGGGGAUCUCUACAGGCAUCUCAUCUCGUUUUGGAGCUAGAGGCCGAACUCAAAGCGUUCGAUGUACGUCUUGUCACGCUCAAAGGCAUCGUAGAAAUAGUCCCACGCAAACUCAACAAGGGACUUAUUGUCAAAAAGGUCCUUCGCGACAUUGCCAAGACGUCGGAUGAGUCACCGAUUGACUUCUGCCUUUGUUUGGGUGAUGAUAUUUCAGACGAAAAGAUGUUUACAAGUGUAUUUUCGUUCAUYGCGGAAAUGGGCGAUCCUUCGGCUGCUCACCUGGAUCCUCCAGUAUACAACGCCGACGGGAGUCUCGAAAAGCCCAAACCUAMUCUUUCUCUGGCUGAGAAACCGGUUCCAGAUCCAAUGUACUGCUUUGCUUGUGCAGUGGGCAAGAAACCUUCGAGUGCUUCCAUGUAUGUGACAGAUGCCUACGAAGUGGUCGAUGCUCUAGUCUUGCUAGCUAAGGGAGAGUUCCCCCAGGGAGGUGAUCAUCCGACUUGGGGUAACAAUCAGAACAUGUUUACAUGAAGAUAAAAUAUCAAGACCGCGAAUAAAAAUUAAAUUGCAAUAAUAUCAAUACAUUCAU